GAUGACGUAUUGUGCGACUACCUACCAUGUGUUUUCAGGCGAAGAAACGUUUCCAGUUAUGCCAAGAUGGCUACCUCUAUAUCACAGGAGCUCGAGGAUUUAUUAAACCCAUUACCGAAAUUUGCAGACCCUGAGGACGACCAGGAUGAAGAGACCAACGCUAAGCUAAUAGAGAAGUUUGACGAGGGCGAGGAUGACGACGACGAAGGCGCGGCUGUCAGCAGGCUGCGCGCGCACGCGUCCGCUCCUCUGUCCGAAACGGACCGCCGGUACCUGGGAAAGGCGACGUCGCGAAAGCAGCUGCAGCAGGACUCGGAGGGUUCCGGAGAUGAAGAGGAUGACGAAGAAGAGGAAAUUGACGAAGAGGAUGAUGUUGAAGAUGAAGAGCAGCUUGAUGAAGGCAGGGACCUGUCGGCGGAAGAGGAAGAUGGAGAUGAGGGCAGAAGUGCUGAAAGCGAUGAGGAAGGCAUAGCUCAGAUGAAGACGCUGGUGAGGAAGAUGAAGGGCACGGAUUUUGGCUUUCCCGCCGAGGCUGACCUCUUCAAGCUGACCGAGGGGAUGGACGAUCUCGGAGAGAGUGAGGAGGAGGAGGAGGGGACGGGGGACUCUGAGGAAGAGGACGGAGAUAGCGAGGAGGAUGAAGAUGGGAGUGAGGAAGACGAUGAAGAGGAGAAGAUGCAGGAUGACGAUGAGGGUGCUGUGCUGACGUUUUCAAAAGAAAAAGUCAGUGAUGAGGUGGAAAAAGGGAAGGCGGUGAAAAAUCAACUUGCUCUGUGGGACCAGCUGCUGGAAGGACGAAUCAAACUUCAGAAAGCUCUGCUGACAGCCAAUCAGCUUCCCCAGCCGCUUGCCUUCCCAGAGUUCAAGAGGAGGGGCGGGCCAGAGUUCGCAGGAGCACUGAAGAACAGUCACAAGGCCCUGAAGGCCCUGCAGAGGUCCCUCGUGGAGCUGCAGGACGUGCUCCUGCACCAGACCCCGGAGACCCGGGCCGUCGCGCUGGGCCGGGCCCCGGGGCCCCACAGUGAGGAUGAAGAAGUGAAAAGCGAUCAGGAGGAAGAGGAGGACCUGGACCAGGACGAGGAGAAAAGGCCCCCGAAACGCAAGCUGGAAAUGUCGGAGUACCCCGAAUUCAUGGCCAAGCGCUUCGCUGCCUUCCAGCCCUACCGUGACGCCACUCUGCAGAAAUGGCACGACAAGACCCGUCUGUCCAUGGGGAAAAUGGGCAAGGGCUUCGCGGCUUUCGACAGGAGCAUCCUGACGCAGGUGGAGCAGGUGCUCAUGGACAAGGAGAGGCUGCUCCGUCGCACCCAGACCAAGAGGUCAGAGUACCGGGUCCUGGGCCGGGCUGACCCCGCGACCUCUGACCCGACCGGAGCCACGGCAGACGAGCAGACGGAGGAGGUAGCACUGAAGGCCAACGCACAUCUCAAAGACCUGGAUGAAGAAAUCUUUGAUGACGACGAUUUCUAUCACCAGCUCCUGAGAGAGCUCAUCGAGCGGAAGACCAGCGCUGCUGACCCCAAUGACCAGGUGGCCAUGGGAAGGCAGUGGCUGGCCAUACAGAAACUGCGCAGUAAGAUAAAAAGGAAGGUGGACACCAAGGCCAGCAAGGGCCGCAAAGUCAGGUUCCACGUGCACGGCAAGCUGGUGAACUUCAUGGCUCCUAUUGACCACAGCUGCGUGAGUGAUGACGCCCGGACGGAGCUCUUCCGCUCACUCUUUGGGAAGAACUCCGCGUUCGACGGAACUCCGCGGGAGUGAGACCCCGCGAGGGCGUGGCCGGGGCCAUCCGGAGGCAUCGGAGCCGGGACGCAGGCUGAACUGGGAAGCAGGAAGUGCGUUCCGCGCAGGCGCCGCUCCUUCCUGCUGACCUCUUCCACGCCCCGCCCCCUUCCCCUGGACUAGCCCCUGCGGUCUGGACAGCCCUGAGAGAGGACUUGAAUAAAGUGUGUCAAACCACGACUCCCACAAUGCUCUGCAAACCCGACGUUUUCUU